AUGUUACCCGUCGUUCUUUACUUUGAAAAUGAAGAGUGGCAGCGCUCCCUCUUCAUGUUUUAUACCAAUGCAUUUUUACGCUCGUUCGGUGCUCAAAUCACAUACCACGGUGAAAAGCCAAAGUUGGACAAACCACAUAUUUUCGUAGCAAACCAUACCUCGCUCAUCGAUUAUAUCGUAUUAUCAGCCAAUGGCUUUCCUCACGCAGUAAUAGCUCAAAGCCAUGGAGGUGUCCUGGGAUUCUUCUUGAAGAGUGUCUUGGCACUGAAUGGCUCACUCAUCUUUGAUCGUGCUGCAAAGAAUGAUCGACACUAUGUACCACUGCAGAUGAAACAGCAUACCCGUGACGUCCGUCGCAGCCCACUCUUAAUAUUCCCGGAGGGUACCUGUGUCAAUAACGAAUACACGGUGCUCUUCCACAAAGGUGCAUUUGAACUGGAUGCUGCCGUAUGCCCAGUCGCGAUCAAAUACAACAAGAAAUGGGCCGAUGCAUAUUGGUUUAGGACGUCCCAGACAUUUGUGACUCAUCUCUUGUUUCUCAUGACAAGGUGGGCACUGGUAGCGGACGUAUGGUAUAUGGCUCCUGAAACCAGAGGGGUUGGUGAAUCAACAGUCGAAUUCGCCAACCGUACCAAGGCAUUGAUAUCAAAGCAAGCUAAAUUAAAAAACUUGUCUUGGGAUGGCUACUUUAAACAUAUGGGACCACCUAAAGAUAAACAGGACCGACUCAAAGAAAACCCUCAAAGUCGAUAUGGUGCCAUCUUACUUCAUCGACUACGACAACCUGAUGGUCCAACCACCGACAGACUAGGUCGUAUGCGUCGUGCAAAUACCAUUGCGAUGGGUGAGGUGCCUGCUCUUCGUAAAGUCAAUGUAGUGCCAGAUUGGUUGUUGCAUGGUGCAGAGACUACACAAAAGGGCAAUGAGAUGCUCGUGGCUUUGGAAGAUAAUAAUCGUAGAACAGAUAUGAUUCAGGCUAUUGAGAGUCGCAAGUCGGAUGUCGUUCAGGUGUGGCGGCAAUAUACCAAGAUGAGAUCGGCAACUGAGACCCGAGCUAGGAUUGAAUAUUCGUCUUGGCGAGUAUGGUUUAAGCAGCGCAUAGAACGAGAAGCCAAACGUCGCGAACAAGAGAUAUUAGACCAACAAUCACAAAUGUCUCCUUCGUCUGACGCUGGAUGGCUGGACUACUUCUCGGAAGCGGCAACAACAGCCACAGUUGUGUUGCGCCGAAACCUAUCAUCUAGGUCUAUGACCAAUUUAAGUUCCCUGAUGACCAUGACCAGCACCACAGCUCCAGCACCUACUAGUAAUGGUCAUCACUCUCGCACGCUCAGCUCUUCUUCUGGAGGAGCCAAACCACGAAAACUAAUCAUCAAUAGUGAUGAUGAGAAUGAUGACGAUGAAGGUUAUGUGGACUUUGGAAGGGGGAAACGACUUGAUCCUUCCAAGCGCCCAUGCCUUGAAGGAGAACCACCAGUAGGAGUAUCCAAAACCAAUGGUCAUAUAAGAGCAGAACCGUGGAAUGACAAACCACCAAUAAUUGCUGCCAAUUGA